UAUUUAUGUGUUUUUUCCGGUUAGGAUUUUUCCUUUUGAGUUCCCGUAGUUGGGCUCCGGUGAUGCCGCGGAGUUCAAGGCACAAAUCCAGUAAGCAUAGUUCCAGGGAUGCUAGGGACUACUCUGAUUCGGAGAGAGAUUCGGGCUUAAAGGAGGAGAGCAAGCCUGGAUCCGGUGAGAAGAGAAAGCUUGACUCCAAGGAUACCAGCAAAGAUGUAUGGAUUUCGGGGAAUGGAGAUUAUUUGGAGGAGUACAGUUCCUCAAAGCGCCGCAGAGAGGUGGAUGGUGGAGCAAGUGACAGGUGGAAUGGCGGUGAAGACGAUGGUAAAGGCGAGAAGAAGUCCAGGACUUCAAGUGAAUCGAAGGGUAAAAGACGAGAGGAUGCAGAAGGAGAUGAUACAAAGAGGAGUAGAAGUGAGUGGAAGCACCGAGAAUCUAGUAGAAAGGAGGAAAGGGAGAGAGAAAAGAAAGGUAAAGAAGGAAAGAGUGAUAGGUCAAUUGAGAGCGAGGAACACCGCCCUGUUAGACAAUCCGCUGAAAGAACUGAUUUGGAUGUACUAGAUCGUUUGAAAACUCCUGAAUCAGAGAGCCAGUUUGAUAGACGAUUUAGAAAAAGGACAAAUGCUUCUGGUGAUGGGGAUAAGUGUCUGGAAGAUAAUGGAGAUAACUUGGACGGACAGUUUUUUGUAAGCAAUGGUACUGGCAAAGAUGGCAGAGUGAAAGAUGAGAAGCAUAAGGAUGAAAGAUACAAGGACAAGUAUAAAGAAGACAUGGACUGUGAAGACAAAUGGCAAGGUGAUAAGUUGGGAGAUGAUCGAUCAGCAAGUGAACAUGGUAAUUGUAAGUCUAGUGAGAAGCAUUUAAGGGAUGGAAAAGAUGAUGUGAAAGUUCGGCAGAAGUCCAAGAUUCAAGAUAGUGACUUUGAGUGUGAUCGUGAUAGAGACUGUGAUCGUGAGUGUUAUAGAGAGCGAGACAUGGGACGCGAGCGUGAACGUUAUCGUGACCAUUAUCGAGAACGUGACCGUUACCGUGAUCAUGAUUAUGAUUCUCAAUGGGACCGAGACCGAGAUCUUGAUCGAGAUCGAGAACGAAAUCGACGUAGCAGUGAUCGUGGCAAGGAGCCUUAUAGAGAUUGUGACCAUGAUGAACGGAGGAGUGGUAGAUAUAAAGAUAGUAAGGGAAGGAAGCGAUCUCCUGAUGAUGGUACUGAUACAAAAUCUAGAGGUGCCAAAAUACAUUAUUCUGACACGGAAAAUAAAUCAAUUUCUGGUCGAGUUGAGGGAGAUGCUGAUAGGGGAAGGUCUCAGUCACGUCCAGCCAGUUUAGAUGCAGUUAUGGGUAGCUGCAGAAGGAGGGCUUCUCCCAGCUCAAGUUCCCAUGGUGGGACUGAUGAGUAUAGAGAUCCAAUGACAGAGCAGAAGACCAAAGCAGCUUCAUCAAGAGAGGUUACUAGUUUUUCUGAAACAUCCGAGAGAGGUGUUAGGUACAGAUCCACAGAGAAAUCAAGUAGGGUGGAUGAGGGCCACUCUGGAGAGUUUGAGAGGUCCUCAAGUUUAAAAGUAUCCCCAAUGAGUAGAAGUGGUGUUAGGCGGGCUCUUGAUAUAGAUGAGACUGGAUGGGGCAGUGCCUCUGUUGGUGGCAGAGAAGAAGUCAAUAGACUUUGUCAAGACUUACACCCCGAAAAUCCUCUUUUGGAUGGAUCCUCUCAAGCAAAUUCUGUGUUUUAUAAUAGAGCUGGUCAAGGCAACUUAUCUUUGAAUCCUCAACCACCUGGUCUAAGAACUGGAGUUGGCAGCCUUUCUUUCACAGGUUCUCCGGAAGAAGAUAAUAUAUUCAAUAAUAGUGGCCGUUACAAGAGGAGUGGUGAUAUCAAUGUUAGAAGAGGGCAUGCAAAUGUUUGGAGGGGUGCCCCAAACUGGCCACCAUCUGUUCCAAAUGGUUUCAUCCCGUUCCAACCUGGGCCACCUCAUGGUGGUUUUCAAGCUAUGAUGCCACAAUUUCCUUCUCCAUCUCUGUUUGGUGUUAGACCCUCAAUGGAAGUUAAUCACUCCGGGAUUCCAUAUCACAUACCUGAUGCUGAAAGGUUUAAAAAUCAUAUGCGUCCUAUGGACUGGCAGAAUACGAUGGAUGGCUCUGGACCUGCUCAUUUUCAUGGUUGGGAUGGUCACAAUGUUAUUAUUAGGGAUGAAGCGCUCAUGUUCAGGGGUUCUGAGUGGGAUCAGAAUAGGCAUCCAGUGAAUGGUAGAGGAUGGGACACCAGUUCAGGUGUGUGGAAAGGACAAAAUGCUCAUGUUGACUUUCCCUCAGCAUCUCAGAAAGAGAACCACCCUCUGCAGGCUCCUUUUGAUGAUGUUUAUGACAGACAGGAUUGUCAGAGGUCUCAAUAUGAGAAUGACAGUGAUGGUAUUCAGGUGAAAGGUCUUGAAACAAGAUCUGAUGUCAUGUCACCAGUUAAAGAAUCUUCUAGGAUUUCACCUGAGAUUCCACACAAGGCACCUGAUUCUUCCAAAAUAUCAAGCAAAGAUCAUGAUGCCCGUUUUUGUCAGGUUUAUCUUUCUAAGCUUGACAUUUCAGCAGAACUAGCUGGUGCCGAGUUAUAUGAUCAGUGUAUGGAUUUCCUGAAUGCAGAGAAAAGUAAAGAUUUGGCUAAAGAUGUAAAAAUGCUUGUGAAUUUGAAGAAGGUAGCACGGCCAGUGCAGAAUGCCUCCAUUGCCAUGCUGAGCCCUUCACCCAUUCCUACAACUAAUGCUGCUGUUUUUCAGAAAGCAAUGGCCAUCUACAAGAAACAGAGGCUACAAAUGGGUGCUAUCCCAAUUGUCAAUGGUGGAAUAUUUGCAUUUUCUUCAGCACCCAAGGAGGAGCAAAGUUCUGAUCACAUUGUAGACGAAGCAGAGGAACCAGUUUCGAUGCUUGAUUCAGAAAUGGUGGAUUCAGCUCUGCUAGAUUCGGAUCAGCAGAAAGGAGCUGUUCCAACUGCUAGAUCUGUCGAGAAUAUGGAACUGCUAGCUUCAAUUCAAGGGGAGUUACCAGAUCAUCUGAAUAGCCUUCCCCCCGAGAAAUCAGAACAGCCAAAUACUGUUUUGGGUCGCAUAAACACAGUGGUGCCUGUGCCUAAACCAGUUUCAGAUAGCAAUAAGGGGGAAGAGAUGGAGUCUAAGCAUCAGAUAAAUUCAGGGGAUGAUGUUGGAGGUUCUGUGCAGUCGCUCAAUAGCUUGGCUGCUGAUGGGGAAAAUUCAAAUGAUAUAAACAAAAAUGAAGGUAAUAAUUCUGUAUACUGUGCCAAUGAAAGAGAGACUUUCGGUGAUGCAGUUAGUCGUCCUUUAAAUGAUUCUCCUAAAGAAUCAGAGAAUCAGAUUCCUGGACCAAAUGAGUCGGGAUCCGAAUCGGUAAUUUUAAGUCUGAUACGUCAUUCUCCUGAAAAUACACAUUGAGACGAUUUCUAUAUCAUUGUUCUUCCAUUUCAUGCAUUUUAUUUUUGCUUUUGCUGCCC